UAUAUUGUCUCGUUUGGAGGACAAGCAGGUGCCCCUGUCCCGCCUGAGUCUAUUUCUGGACAGUCCGAAGCGAAGUCGGCGGGUUACACAAGCUACGCAGAGGUGGUCGACCCAGAGGCGAAGAAUCCUUACGCCCCGUUUGCAUCCCGGAUGGACUGGGAACUAGCACGCUGGGCAAAGCUACGUGGUUCCGGGUCAACGGCAUUCUCGGAGCUACUCGCCAUACCAGAGGUCCGAGAGCGGCUCGGCAUAUCUUACAAGAACACGGAUGAAUUGAACAAGAUAAUUGAUGACAAGCUGCCGACACGACGCCCCAUGUUCCACCGCUUUGAAGUGACAAUCGGUGGGGAGCGGUUCGACAUGUUCAACCGCGAUGUUAUAGAGUGUGCGCGUGCCCUCUGGGGUGACGCAGAGCAUGCACCAGUCUUGUGCAUUGUCCCGGAGCGCCACUAUGCCGACGCUGAUAAUACUGUGCGUCUCUAUCAUGAUUUCAAUACAGGCGAAUGGUGGUGGGCGACGCAGAAAAUGCUCGAGAAGAAGAGACCGGGCGCGACGGUCAUGCCGAUCAUUAUCUCGUCCGACAAAACUCAACUCACGCAGUUCCGGAACAAAACGGCAUACCCAGUCUAUAUGACGAUAGGUAACCUACCAAAGGAAAUCCGCCGCAAGCCGUCGCACCGUGGGCAAAUCCUACUAGCCUACCUACCAGCGAGCCGGUUGCAACAUAUCACGAAUAAGGCUGCUCGCCGCCGGACACUAGCGAACGUAUUUCACGCUUGCCUUUCCGAAAUUUUGAAGCCUCUGCAGCAGGCCGGCGUCGAUGGUGUCGAGAUGAUGAGUGGUGAUGGCGCAACGCGCCGCUGCCAUCCUAUUCUGGCGGUGUACGUCGGGGACUACCCGGAGCAGGUCCUCGUGACGGCGACGUACACCGGGGAUUGUCCUAUCUGUGAAUGCCCGCAUGAUGAGCUAGGGACGUAUCCUUGCACGUCGGCCUUCCGUAAUGUCGAUGAGGUCCUCGACGCCCUUGAUCUCUUCGGUACGGCAGACUACAAUCGUGCUUGCGAGGCUGCCGGCGUCAAGCCUAUCCAACACCCUUUUUGGGAACAUCUCCCGUACCUCGACAUCUUCCAGUCGAUCACCCCUGAUGUUUUACACCAAUUACCAGGCUACACCGGCAUAUCUAUGCAU